GCGCCCUUCGCUCCCUUUCUUCGCUGUCUAGUGUGUGGCAUAGCUUGAAAGGAUCGCGCAAACAAACGCGCUGUUCUUUCCUUUGCUAUCUUCCACUGUGAGCAGCAGCAAUCUAUGUAGCAUCGCUUUGUAGCCUUCAUAGAAGUCAUCAAUCAGUCGAUCCCAGUGAACGAGUUGUCACGCACACGUCGGAAGGCAACGCAAGAAUGCCGCUGAGGCCUCCUCCCAAUCACCAAGAUGAGGAGCAAUGGGAGGAGAUCGUGACGAGCUCCACCAACACGCAACUGAAACGCUCCACCACAACUCGCAAAGCUUUGGUAUUUCCUCCUUCGAGUCGCCCAGCGAUGGUGGACUGUCACUUAUAGCGACGAACACGACGUCGUACGAGCCAGGAGCAUCGACUUUAAGCUCAUCAAAGUCAUCUUCCCAGUCGCGGGUUUCUUCCUCCUCGUCCACCAUGGAGCUGCCGCCAUCUCCUUCACUUCUAGGAUGGCAGCUUCCAAGCCCGGGAUUCUUCCAGGGCGCGUCACCAGGCCUAUGGGGAUCACUCCACGGGCCAUCCGGCUGGUCGUCGAGCAGCGCCGCCAAUCUCUUCCGCUCGCCAAGCUCGCAAUUGUUCGCGCCAGAUAAUAGUCUCCUCUUCCAGCAAGAUCACUACAACGAUGGGAGAAACUCCAGCCAGCAGCAGUGGGGAACACUUCCCACGUCGAUGGAGCUCGAUUCGAGCAUGAAUUCCAAGGCCGGGCCGGCUGGAGGAGGAGGAUUUUCCAUGAACGAGAUCAGGUCCAUGGACGAGGGAACUGUUGCAGUGUGGCUGGAAACGAUGGUGAGUGACAUAUCUCACAGCUUUCCGAGCAUGCCGGCCGAGCACAUAUGGCAGUCGCUGCUGGAAAACCUCUCGCCGUGCAAUCCUCACGUAGCUUCGGUUAUCGAGUCGAGGAUCAUCAGCUUGCGGCACCACCACGAGAUGUUGCAUGGUCAUCACUCUCUCAAGCAGCAGCAGCAAAACCAGCUCAAGCAUCAUGGCCACUCCGUCAAUCCCGCGGCCGCGGCUGUGGAGCAGCCGAGCUUGAAACGGUCGAGAGUGGAUCCAGAAACAGUACCCCACCGUCUGGAAGACUGUGGGAAUAGUCGCGUGGAGGAAAUGGCGAUGGAAGGGAAGUCAUUCGAGCAGCAGGCUCCUCCUCCUCCUCCUCACGAUGGUCUCAAGUUAUCACUAGAAUCAUCCCAGAAAUCGCCACCACCACCAACAAUUCCAAGCGAUUUCCGCCAGCAGCAGCACAAGAAUCACGCAAAGCAGCAGCUCCCUUCUCCAACAAACUCUUCCAAAGACAAAUCCUCCGAGUCGCAGGACCAGCCAUCGGGGAAAGACGAUCAAGCCGGCAGCGGUGGCGGGGCCGCCACCGCCACCACCACCGCCACGAGUGCCGCCACCAUCGCCGGCACGAGCGACGAUGCCGGCUUGCAGCUCCUGGCGCUCCUUCUCCAGUGCGCCGAGGCCAUCUCCACGGACAACUUCGAGGAGGCCAACCUCAUCCAGCCCCAGCUCACGGAGCUGGCAUCGCCAUAUGGGAGCUCCGUCCAGCGCGUCGCCGCCUACUUCGCCGAGGCCAUGGCGGCGCGGAUGGUAAACUCGUGCCUGGGCAUUUGCUCCGCGCUCCCGGGGAUUCACCACGUCUACAACCACAGCAUCGCCGCCGCGUUCCAGAUUUUCAACGGGAUGUGCCCUCUCGUCAAGUUCUCGCACUUCACCGCAAACCAGGCCAUCCUCGAGGCGUUCGAGGGCGAGCAAAGCGUCCACAUUGUCGACAUUGAUAUCAUGCAAGGAUUGCAGUGGCCGGCGCUCUUCCACAUCUUGGCUUCCAGGCCGGGAGGCCCUCCGAACGUCCGGAUCACCGGACUGGGCACCUCGGCCGAGGCGCUCGAGGCAACCGGCAAGAGGCUAUCCGACUUUGCGAGCUCGCUCGGCCUGCCCUUUGAGUUCUUCGCGGUGGCGGACAAGAUCGGCCACUGCGACGCUGCGACACUCAAGGUCCGGCCGGGCGACGCGCUCGCAGUGCACUGGCUGCACCACUCGCUCUACGACGUGACCGGGUCAGAUUCCAAGACCUUGAAGCUACUUGGGUCUUUGGAGCCAAAGGUGGUGACCAUGGUGGAGCAAGAUCUGAGCCACGCGGGAUCGUUUCUCAACCGGUUUGUGGAGGCGCUGCACUACUAUUCGGCGCUGUUUGAUUCUCUUGGCGCGAGCUUUCCGGAGGAUAGUCCGGAUCGGCAUAUGGUGGAGCAGCAGCUGCUGUCUUGCGAGAUCAAGAACAUACUGGCGGUUGGCGGGCCUGCACGGACUGGAGAGGUCAAGUUUGAGCAGUGGAGGGAUCAGCUCAAGCAGUCGGGGUUUCGGCCGAUUUCGUUGGCUGGGAAUGCAGCCACACAGGCGACGCUGUUGCUAGGGAUGUUUCCUUUGCAAGGAUACACUCUGGUGGAGGACAAUGGAACGCUCAAGCUUGGGUGGAAAGACUUGUGCCUCUUGACGGCAUCUGCGUGGCAUCAUCCUUGAAGUCCCUCUACUAAUUUUGUUAGAGGAAACCUAAGCAAAUGAAUUUCCAAUUUUAUUUCA